UCUCUUCAUAACCACCACCACGAGCCACACUUUCUAUUGUCUUUCUUUUGCAUCGUUCCUUAUCAUAGAAUUUUCAGUAAUCGAAAAGUGCAAUCGUCAUUAGAAUUUCGCCUACCUCUGCAUGGUCGUAGCUUCUCCCAGAUUUCUGAUAGUGGGUCUUGGAAACUUGCCUUAUCCAUUGACGCGACACAGUGUUGGACAUCUAGCGGUAGACUCGCUCGCAUCUCGCCUGGGUGUGCAUCUUGUAGCAGACAGAAGUCUCGGCGGAUUCGCAGCACACACCAAUGUUGUGAUAGGAGAAAAUUCGGUCGCUUUAACCUUAUUGAAACCCAAGGCCUUGAUGAACAUAUCUGGCCGACCUGUAGCAAAUGCUCUUCGAAGCAUAUCCUCUCCACCUUCUUCGCUGAUCGUCAUACACGACUCGCUGGCUCACAAACAGAACGUCAUUUCCCCGAAGUUCGGAGGGUCUGCCAACGGACAUAAUGGCGUACGAAGCAUCAUUACUGCGCUAGGCGACAAUCCCAACUUUCAUCGUCUGCGUGUAGGUAUAGGAAAGAACACUGUGGAUGCUGCUGCCUAUGUUCUGGGCCGCCUUGCUGAGCAAGAAGUCAAUUACUGGGGCGAGAACGGUCAAGGUACAGCGGUCGCUUGGAAGGCUAUCGAGAAAAUUGUCAAGGACGCUCUAAAGCCGGCACAAGUGACAUGACAUCUUCUACUUCUCUUUUGUACUUACGCUGGUCACGAGAGUUGUUUCCGAGGAAGACCGGUCACAACGUCCUCGACCACCUGGUCAGGAUCGUCUGCUUAUUCCUGUGGAAGGCUCGCUGUUCCUUCCCAUGCGCUUCAUUUUGCUCCAUCACAGUUUUCAUCUCUGGCAGCGCAAGGAAUUGGUCGACCAAUAUCACCCUUCCGUUAUCUCCAAAUAUAUGUAAAUAACGCGAAGCCAUGGUCAGCGGUCAUGCGCCGGGUCCUGCACAAUAUCCAACUCUUCUUGUCGUACGCUGCAUGUGCUACGACGGUCACGAUUAUGUGCGGUAUCCCGCCUAUCGACGCUCUGGUCCCGGGGUACAAAAGCUGUCGGAUAAGUGUCGGGUAAGAGCAAGGACGCCUCAGUCUCUCUGUACUGGUGUAGUGUCGCAAUAUGACUAUUCCACACAUUUUGAAAUUCUCGACGCUCUCGUGGCUCUUGUUAUCUAGUUUGGGGACUACUUGGUUCGAAGUGGUUCACGCACAACCUUCGCCAAAAGUCCAGAAGAGAAUUAAUGCGGCAAUUAAGGCUGUCACGCCCAACACGACCAACAUCGACUACACCCAGUUUGUCAAUGUGUUCAUUGGAACCGACAAUUUUGGAGACGUUUGUCCAGGCGCCUCGGUCCCAUUUGGAAUGGUCAAAUUCUCUACAGACUUGACCGGAUACGCUCCUGCUGGCUAUGUGACUGACCCAACGCAGAAGAUUCGUGGUUUAAGUCCUCUUCAUGACAGUGGAACGGGCUCCUCACUGGGUACUUAUGGUAACUUCGAGAUCAUGCCCUCUCUUUGCCCUAGGGGAUUCAACACAUGCAACACAACACUUGCCACACGAGAACGAUUCCGUAAGAACAACACAGACGAUGCCUCUCCCGGCUAUUUCGCGCAAACUCUAGAUAACGAGAUUCUCAUGGAAGCGACUUCAACUAGACGUGCCGGUCUUGAACGCUUCACCUUCCCAAAGGGUUCUAAACCCUAUUUCGUACUGGAUCUUGCUAACGAUCUUCCAAACUCAUUCGCCGGGGGUACCAUGGAUAUCGAUCCGGAGAAAGGUCGAAUUACAAUUGGCGGACUAUGGGGUUCUAGCUUCGGUCCGGGUAGCUUGAACUACCAAGCUUUUGCUUGUUAUGACCUUCUCGAUGGUGGAAAACAGAUUUUGGAUGAAUUUGGCGUAUGGACAGGAAGUACAUCGGCGAACUUCAGCAUCAAAGGCUUGGGCGAAACUCACCUCAACUUGACGCGUAGUCUCAUCGGUGAUCAUUACGAAGCCGGUGCCCUCUUCUCAUUCAGCGGGAAGAGUAGAGUGGUCAACAUCCGAGUCGGCGUUUCUUUCGUUUCGACUGAUCAGGCAUGUCAGAAUGCCGAGACUGAGGUUGGCGAUGCAACGUUUGAAGACAUCGUGGCACAAUCCAAGGCCCUCUGGAACGAGAAGUUGAGCAAGAUUGAGAUUGAUGUUCCGAACACGCCGAGGAAUAUCACCGAGUUGUUGUAUUCUUCUCUGUACAGGGCCUCUUUGACACCUAACAAUGCGACUGGUGAAACGCAGGGCGUAUUUGCAGGAACGCCGCAUCCUUACUUUGACUCGUUGUAUUGCAGUUGGGACACGUUCCGAACAUAUUACCCUCUCAUGGCAUUGCACUCGCCUGUCGAGUUUGCACAGAUUGUGGAUAGCUACCUUGACGGGUGGCGUAAGCUUGGUUGGAUGCCUGAAUGUCGCGCGAACAAUCUGCCAGGUUGGACUCAAGGAGGUUCCAGUGGUGACAACAUUGUUGGUCACUUUGCCGUUAACUAUCAUAAUGAGGCAGCGGAACUUGGUAUCGACCUAGAGGAGCUGUACUCGGCUUUGCUUGCUGAUGGAGAACUCAAUCCUCCGGAAUGGAACGUAAUGGGUAGAGAGGUCAACGUUUAUAAGCAAUACGGAUACGUCCCUUUCUCAGUGCUAGAAACAUCUAGUACAGGUCGUCAGACCCGCGAAGGCAGUAGGACUCUGGAGUAUGCUUUCGAAGACUUCGCGAUUCGACAAAUAGCCCAGCUCCUCAAUAAGACCGAUGAUGUAGCAACAUUCACCAACCGUUCGUUGUCGUACAGGAACGUAUGGGAUCCGACCGUUACGAGCGAUGGCUUCAAAGGAUUUGCUCAGAAACGAUUCCCCAAUGGAACCUUCGCGUUCACCGAUCCUGUCGAUUGUUCGCCGAACGAUAAGCAUGGUGACACUCGCGAGUGCUCCCUACAAGGAGACAACGUUGUUGGCUUCUAUGAAUCAUCAUCUUGGGAAUAUAGCUGGUUUGCACCACACGACACAGCUCACUUGAUUCAGUUGAUGGGUGGGAAUAACACUUUUGUCAAGCGACUCGACCACUUCUUCAAGGCUGGUUACUAUCUAGCCGGUAACGAGCCAUCUUUCCAGACUCCCAUUGGAUAUCAUUACGCCAACAGACCUUCUCACUCGAUUGAUCGAGUACGACAAAUUGUUUUCAAUAACUUCGAUGUCUCUCCGGCUGGACUCCCGGGAAAUGAUGACCAAGCUGCUAUGGCUACAUUGGUCGUAUUCCAUCUUCUCGGCUUAUACCCAGUCCCUUCAACGACGCAAUUCCUCGUCCUCUCGCCCUUCACUCCGAAGUACACAAUCCACAAUAGCUUCUUGAACGUCAGCACUACUGUGACAGCUAAAAACUUUGAUGCUCGUUCCGUCAAGAAGAAUAUACCGGAGGGCGUGGCCGCCUACGUCAAUUCAGUCACAAUUAAUGGUAACAAGACCGAGUCGAGGUGUCAUUUCGACUUCUUUGAUACCUUCAAAGUGGGUGCGAAUAUUGUGAUCGAACUGGUCCCAGAUGGCGAGUCGGUAGAUAGCUGCGCUGGUUCAUUGCCCGAGUCUUUGUCUACGGGUGGUUGGGCCGCUGCUAGGUAGCCAAGUAACGACACGCGAAA